CGUUGCGGUAAGCGACGACCACAAAAUGAAAGUAAAAGCCGACGCAAUCUAUACGUAACGUCUUGCCAACACUGCUACAUGUGAUGGCUACAGAGUCUGCGAAUUCCAACGGUGCCGUCAAGGCUAAGCUGGUGUUACAGCAGUGUCUUUCUGCUAGACUUCAAGUACAACCUGCCACUGAGUAUGAGGAAGCGAAAUACGUUGAGAUUGGGAAAGGUAUAAUCAUAUAUGUAUGCUUCAUGAAUGGAGCCACAGAGGGAAUAGUGGAGAAAAUGGUGAAGUGUGCCCUGAACACCUGUUUGAGCCCCUCGGAAGAUCCAUCAGCUACAAAGAGAGUUUCAGUAUUGGAUCUACCUGGAGAUGUACUCAUCAUACCUCAGGCAACCCUUGGGGGAACACCUAAAGGGAAACAGAUGCAAUAUCAUAAAAACAUAGCCAAAGACGAUGGAAAAAAGUUAUACUCAUACUUUGUCUCUUUGUGUGAGGCCUCGUUACAUAUGUCAGAGAAAGCCAGAGAACAGGGAAAACAUGUUUGUGCUGGGACUUAUGGAAAUCUACAAGUAUUUCGCACAGACACAAAUGGACCUUUUACCCAUUUACUGGAAUUUUAAGAGUUCUGAAAUUAAAUUAUUAAAGUAGCC